ACUCCGGUAACACCCACAAUUCGCUCAAAAAUGUUACACCAUUAAAUUUCAACUCGACAAAUUGUUGAUAGAUCAUUCUGAACGUUCAGAAUGCUCGGAGAGAGAUCCAAGAGUUCUGUUCCACCCUCCGACGUUGUCGAGGCGGAUGUUCGAGAGGAUGAGGAACAGGCUGUCAAGUUCAAUGAAAUUGUUGAUCUCCUGGUGGCUGCUGGAUAUUUCAGGGCUAGGAUCAAGGGAUUAUCAAACUUUGACAAGGUAGUUGGAGGAAUGACGUGGUGCAUCGAGUCUUGCAAUUUCGAUGUUGAUGUUAAUCUUCUGUUUCAUGAAAAUUUAACAAUUGGACAAAAAAUAGCGUUGACUGAAAAAAUCGUAGUAAUGCUCCCAAAAAUGAAUUGUCCUCAUCGAAUAGAACCCCAUCAGAUACAGGGAUUAGAUUGUAUUCACAUAUUUCCAGUUAUACAGUGGCUCGUGAAAAGAUCAAUAGAAAUGAGAAAAGAAACUGCUGGUUUCGUUCGAGAAUUCGCAAUAAAUCAGUUUGACAAACUCCAUUUUUCUGGCCGGAAGUCAGAACGUGAAGAUGCGAAAGAAAGUAUUGAAGUUAACAUUCAAUCGGCCAGAAGAGCGUACGAACCUCGAAGAAGGUUUAAAAGAACAACUGCCGCACCGACAAAUGAAACCGCGAGGGUGAAGAGCACUUUAUUGGAGUACGGAAUUCUGCCAGUCACUACAACAGCCCCUAAGGGCUUAGAAAGUGAUCAUGGAGGUUCCCAAAGUACUGAUGAAAUUGGGGCUGACUCCCUAAAUGUUAGAGGCCAGGUGGUGCAUUUGGAAGAGGAUAGACUGAGUGCUAGUGCUGUGGGGAGUAUUGUGGGACUGCAGGCACAGGAAAUUGUUGAAGUUUCGGAGAGAUAUGCAUCGUUAUCUGUUGAGGAUGGGGAUGCAUCUAGUGAGUCUAGGGUAUCAGCAGCUCUCGAGAAACAAAGGUCCAAUCUCCAAAAUCGGGUAAAGAAGCUAAAGAAAGAGAGAGAAGGGCAACUUCUCAAGAUUUCUGAGGAGACUGAACAAUUGAAGAAAAUACAGGCAAAUCGCGAAAGUGUCGAGGAUGCGUUUGUUAGGAUGAAGGAGAUGGAAACAGAGGAGAACAAAGGAACCCUAUUGAAAUUGGAGGAAUUGCUAGCAGUUCAUGCAGGCCUCAAAGACCAAGAGCACAAGUUCAGAGAACAAUGCAAAUCUGAUUUACUCUACCUCCAGAAGCUAGUGGAAAACUGUGGAGAAGUUUGUGAACCCCAAGAGGAACAAAAUCGUGUGGCUGAGUACGACGCUUUGACGGAGUCGGUCAGCAAAACUAGGUUGCUACUAGCUAAGAAAAAUCGUGCGAUUGCCUCCUUGAUGAGACAGUUGGAUGACGUGCCCGGGCGGUCUGAGUUGACACAGUAUCAGAGGCGAUUCAUGGAGCUUUAUAAUCAAGUUUCAACAAAACAUAAAGAGACUAAACAAUAUUACACUCUUUAUAAUACCUUAGAUGAUACGAAGCUUUAUCUCAGUAAGGAGCUAUCACUUCUGAAUUCAAUUUUAGAAAACUACAACGAAGCAAUGGCAUCUACAAGUGGUAAAGAACAAUUUCUUAAACAAUUCGAGGCUAUAAUUGCUGGAGUCAAACGAAAUAAAGAGAAGGUUGAAAAAAAAUGCGCAGAAGAAAAAGAGAGGCGUUUUAAUCUCAAUAAAGACUUAGUAGCACUUGUCGAGCAGCAGAGGAAAUACGUCGCCGCAGUGCGACAGCUGACUAUUGAGUGCCGAAAGAACGAAGCACUACUUGCCCAACUUCGUGCUGCAUGAAUCCUAAUGAACGUAAAUAAUUUACGUAAAAUUAUUAUAAAAGUGAAAAGAAUGUUUUUUUUUUACUAUUUCUUGUAAAUGGACCAUCAUUCAUAUGACAUAUAAAGAAUGAUUUAAUGAGAAUAAACAAUCAUAAGGCCCA